AUGGAUUAUUUGGGCCAGACGGAGAAGUUUCAUUGGCGACCACAAUUUCUGAUGGUUGUUACAGCGGCCGGUUUUUCAUUUCAGCAAAAUGGAAUCUCAGAUGAAAUGAUAUUAGCAGAAGCGAGAACGAAUAUCGAUAUUGAUUACGAAGAUUGGGAAGUAGUGCGCAAUGAAGGAAAUUCAAAAGUAUUACGAAGGUUGCGUGCGGAUACCGGUUUAUAUGAAUUUCGCUGCUCAGGUUCAUAUGAGUAA